GCAAUUACCUGUUCCACCAGAACUGAUGUGAGCGCGAGUUGGCGAGCACAUGCCACGUUUGGAGAAGAGCCAAGUCUGAACUGCCUUUACAGCAACAGGGUAGGCUUGCGAGGACCGUUUUAAUUCAACCAACCUACAAAAAAAACAAACAAACAAACAAACAAAAAAAACUCACCCCAAGUGGUUUUUAACAAACCUCCUGAAAACAAGCAGCCGACUGAGGAUCUGAGAGACCCGCGAGGAUGCACUUGUUGUCCGCCAGCUGCGUGUGUGCCCUCCUCAUCUGCGCGCUCCUCCGCCAAGUCAGCGGUUUGGAGACUGUUAUCGGCCUGUAUGGGGAAACACUUGAGAUCCCGUGCAGCAAUGGAGCCAUGAAAGCAGAGGACGUCCUGAUCACUAAAUGGAAAUAUGACAAAGGAGAGGGACUUUCGGGAGACCUGCUGGUCAAGCAGAAAAACCAGAAUGUUUCGAUCAGUGCCACAGACGAAUACAAGGGUCGUGUCAGCUUGGCUGCAAACAACAGCCUGCUGCUUUCUGCAGUCAAGCUGUCUGACCAGCGCACAUUCACGUGCAUGGUGGUGGCAGGUGCAGACAUCACAGAAUACCCAGUGAACGUGGUGAUCUACAAGACCCCGGCAGGCCUGGAUAUUUCUGACAAAGCAGAGGAACUAGAGAUUGGCAAACUUAAUAAGCUUGGAAAAUGUGUUGCACAAGACGCCAAUCCCGCUGCAAAUAUCACAUGGCUAAAGAACGAUAUACCUCUGGUGGCUGAUGGGAAAGGGAUUUUCAUCCAAUCCUCUGUGCUGGUGGAUCCUGUCACUGGCCUUUCAACCACUACCUCCAUACUGGAGUACUCGGCCAAGAAGGAAGACACGGAAGCUGAGUUCACAUGCAGCACUCAGCACACUGUGGGCUCAGAGCUGGUGGCCCAACCAGUGACCUUCACAAUCACCUACUCCACAGAAAACAUCAAUCUCCGCAUCAUUGCUCAGGAGCCUCUGGUAGAAGGAGAAAAUGUAACUCUGAAGUGUGAGGCAGACGGUAACCCAGCCCCUACCACCUUUAACUUCCACCUUAAGGGGGAGUUGGUGAAAGUGGAAAACGCAGAUACUUACACCAUCACGAAUGUCUCACGAGACACCACCGGUGAAUACAAAUGCUCUCUCGUUGACAACCCAACAAUGGAAGCAUCUCAGGACAUCACAGUCAACUACCUAGACAUCAAUUUAAGCCCCUCUGGAAAUGUCGUCAAGAGUGCCGGUGAGGCCUUGGAUCUAAAUCUCCUGAUUGAUGCCUCCGGAGACACCAAGGUCUCCUGGACAAAGGAUAAUAAUAAACUGGACAAAGAGCCCAAGUUUACCAAGCUGACUUACGCUGACUCUGGCAGCUACGAGUGUGAGGUGAUGAUGGGGGUCCUCAGCCGAAAAGCUUCUCUUGAGCUGGCAGUCGAAGGUGCUCCAGUUAUCAAACGGCUGAACAAACAUCUGGGUAAAGACGGCAGACAUGAAGUCUUGGUUUGUGAGGCUGAAGGUUCUCCAAAGCCAGCAGUUUCCUGGAGCAUCAACGGCACCUCGCUUGACGAGACUCCCUUCCUCAACGGAAAGAUAACGCACAAGAUCACAGUUGUGCCCACUGCAAAUCUGACUGUCUCUUGUACAGUGUCCAAUGAGUUUGGCGCAGAUAGCAAAACUAUAAAUGUGUCAUCCAUAAUUGAGGAGGUGAGAAUGGAUAAACAAGACCAGUCAGAUGGUAGCGACCAAACCAAGUUGGUGGUCGGAGUUGUAGUGGGUCUCCUCGUUGCCACUGUGGUUAUUGCCCUGGCAUACUUGGUGUACAUGAAGAAAUCAAAGCAAGGAAGCUGGAAGACGGGUGAAAAGGAGGACGGGUCUUCUGAGGAGGAGAAAAAACUGGAGGAGAAAGUAGAGGAGAACAGCCAAAAAGCUGAGGUGUAAAGAAACGGCAACCAUCCUUUGGGAAUGUGAAAGUGAGAACGUGGAACUUUUGCACAUUUCUCUUCACCUCUGUCUUUGGGGAAAAAAAGUGUACAUUUGGAUGACGACAGUUUGGAUUUGGUUUCAGGGAGAAUUUUACUAAAAAGCAUAUCCAAACACUCCCCCGAGCCCCUCAAACCCUCACCCCUCCAUUGCUUAAAAAAAAAAAGAAAAAAGAAUGGAUACUGUAUGUGAUAUACAUAACUUGUCUGCACUACUCGUCUAACUCGUCUACUAUUAGGAUUCAUGUUUGUUAGAAUGGAAUUUGGGAAAGUGAGAAAAUCUUUUGUUAGUUGAUGCAAGUAGAAUUACUACUAGACCAGUUGCCUUUGCUGUAAGGACGCGUAGGCUUGCGUUAGUCUGAAUCUUUGGUCCUCUGAGACAUAGCAGGGACUGAGGGACAUCAUCGCCAUGGCUUCUUAGCUUCACCUCAUCACGGUCAAAAAACCUCUGCCUUCAACAUCAGUGUACCGAAUUGGUUUAUUUGUGUGUUCAUUUCAGUUUCUGUUAAAUCGGCCAUAAAAAAACAUUAAAAUAGAGAUGAAAUCUGAAAGGGCUAAGGGUAUAUUGUUAUACUCAGCAUUAGUUAUAGAUGGUAAUAUAAUUUGCAUUGCAGGAAGUAGGUGAUGUGACCAAGAGGGUUUUAUUUGGCAUUACAUGAUUUUAUUUUUCUCUUUACCUCUUUCAAAGUAACUAGAGAAAAUGCGAAACUCAUUUGAUUUAUUUUUUUUCAAUUGUACUGUACUUUCAGCAUAACCACAGUAUAACACAAGCAGGUAGAUUAUUGAGAGAAUGUAUAACUCAACUCAUAUAACUGGCUUUAAUUUGGCUGUACGGUUUGUUUUACAUAAAGCCAUUGUUUGUUUUCACAAACGCCUGUGAGCCUGUAGCAGUGAAAGGAUUUUUAGUUCCAAGACUGUAAGUAAAUUCUCCAUUUGUGCUCCAUCAGUGUUGAUAUGUUUAUUGUGUAGCUUUGGCAUCCAUUUUUAAUGGAGCACACAAACAGGAUGAGGUGUCUCGCCAUCAUUUGUUUGCCUUCUUUUGAAAAUCUACCUGUUAUUGCUUCAGUUUGUGAUGUGCACUAGGGUUCAUGUUUUCAUGUCAGAUUUGUGUAGAAUACGAUGGAAUGCGCGCAGCUGUACAUGUCACAAUUUUGGUCCGUUUAAGAGCAUUUGCUAAAUUUUGAAAAUGUAUCAAGACCAGGAUGUCAUUGUGAAGUAUGUGAAUUAUUUCUCUUUCUUUUUUUUUUUUGCUAUUUAUAUUGUGCAAGAUGAAAAUGUCCUGGUAGGCAAAUUCAUUAAUCGUCACAUAAUUCGUAACUUGGAUUGAUAGCGUUGGUAAAUUUGCUUGCAGACUUUACAAAACAAGAUAUAAUUAAGUUGUGAGUCAUCAGUAGGUUGCUCAGCGUCUGGUUGAAUAAUAAAUUCAGCAUGUGAUAAUCUCAGACCUCCAAGCUGCUGUUUGUUGCCUACCUUGUGUAAAACCAUCCAAUUGGAAGAAUGACCAAAGAGAGUGAACAUUGCCAUGCAAGUAUUGUAAAUAUCUGAUGUUUGUUUUUGUACUUUUGUUUAAAAUAAAAUGUACAUUUGGAAAAGGUAUGCCCACUGAACAUUAAUUGUGUUGUUACAAUUUACACAUUUUUCAUCUUUUAAAAUAA